UUUGUAGAGUGUGCUAUCUAGCCAUAGACUCCAUUGUUUUUUAUGCAAGUAGCGGAGAGGGGCUUUGCUAACUAGUGUUGUUUGCUCUUGCUCCAGUCCUUUGCUCUUGUUGGCUCCAGUAUGCUGGUAUUGGAUCUGGCAGGGAAAGUUUCGUCUCGUUUGCUUGUGUUAGUCAUUCCUGUUGAUCCACAGGCCACUUAUGCUUGAAUUGAUCCUGCGCCGCUCUCCUCGAUCUCGCAGCACUCUCAGCAGUGUCUUAUCAGCCUAGUUACUAGCAUGUAUUCAGGCAUACAAGCAUGGUUUUCUCUUGGUGAUUGACCGGUACUCUUCUAUUAUCUAUUUUUGUUCUAGCUUGGGCACAAUCUUACGAGAUCUUAAGAGUGCCAAUGGGCUGACCAUCAGAGUAAACCGCGUUUACAGAAGGAUCACUAUUGAUUCUUAUUAUUGACGGGUUUUUCCUUGCUGGAAGACUGGUUUGUAAGCCUUCAAUUUUUUGCCAUUCUCCCAAACAAGUCACCCUGUUUGAUGGCAGCCGUUCUAGCAUCUUUGCUUGGAUCAUGUGCCAGUAAGUUGAAAGAUAUCAUUAUUGAUAAGGCCAUACUAAUCCUAGGGGUGGAAGAAGAACUCAGAGAAAUGAUGCGGCGGGUAGAACUGAUACAAUGUUGCAUAUAUGAUGCUGAGAAACGGGGGACAAAAGAGCAAGCAGUAAACAAUUGGCUUGGCCAACUGAGAGAUGUUAUAUAUGAUGUUGAUGAAAUCUUGGACGUGGCUAGAUGUAAAGGAAGCAAGCUACUGCCUGGUGAUCCUUCUUCAUCAUCAAGCAAAUCAGCUGCACUUAAAUGCCUUUCAGUUUCCUCUUACUUUUGUCACAUUGGGUCACGUCAUGAUGUUGCUGUUCAGAUUAGAAGCCUCAGCAAGAAGAUAGAAAACAUUUCAAAGGACCAGAUAUUUUUAACAUUCAACAGUAGUACACAAACUACUGGAAAUGCUCCAACAUCAAAAAUGAUCAGAAGUUCCAACCUAGUUGAGCCCAACCUUGUGGGGAAGGAUAUUAUACAUUCUAGCAGGAAGUUGGUGGACUUAGUGCUUGUGCACAAGGGAAAUAAGUCUUAUAAGAUCGCUAUUGUUGGAACAGGAGGAGUUGGUAAGACAACACUAGCUCAAAAAAUAUACAACGAUCAGAAAAUAAAAGGAAGCUUCAAGACACAUGCAUGGAUUUGUGUUUCACAAGAGUACAAUGGAGUAACUCUUCUGAAAGAGGUUCUCCGAAAUAUUGGUGUGCACAGUGAGCAAGGCGAGAGCAUAACAGAGCUGCAGAGAAAGCUUGCGGAAAUAAUUAAAGGCCAGAGUUUCUUUCUCGUUCUGGAUGAUGUGUGGCAUUCCAAUGUAUGGACAGAUUUACUAAGACCUGCAUUGGAUGGAACAACUGCCGGAGUAAUAUUGGCAACCACACGAGAUGAUCAAUUUGCAAACAGAAUAGGUGUACAAUAUACCCAUCGAGUUGAUCUCAUAUCAGUGGAGGUGGGAUGGGAGCUACUCCCUCCGUUCCAAAUUACUCGUCUCAGAAAUGGAUGUAUUUAGAACUAAAAUACAUCUAGAUACAUCCAUUUCUGCGACGAGUAAUUCGGAACGGAGGGAGUACUUUGGAGGAGCAUGUACAUUGAUGAAGAGAAAGAAGUGCAGAAUUUACGAAACAUAGGAAUUGAAAUUGUUAGUAAAUGUGGUUGCCUCCCUCUUGCCAUCAAGGUUACUGGUAGUGCUUUGGCAAGCAGAGAUCUAACAGAGAAUGCGUGGAAAAAGUUUUUGGCCAAAUAUAAUGGCUCCCAGAGCAUGCUGUUGGAUGAAAUACAAGGAGCUCUGUACCUAAGCUAUGAUGAGUUACCUCAUCGUCUGAAGCAGUGUUUCCUAUAUUGUGCUCUGUAUGCUGAAGAUUCUAUCAUUGCACUUGAUGAAGUUACCUGGUUAUGGAUUGCUGAAGGCUUCAUCGUGGAGCAGCAAGGCCAACUACUAGAAGACAUAGCAGAAGAGUACUAUUAUGAGCUAAUCCAUCGGAAUCUCCUCCAACCAGUUAAAAAUAUUUUUGACAAGUCUUCAUGUCGAAUGCAUGACCUCUUGAGACAGCUUGCUGUAAAUAUAUCAAAAGAGGAAUGCUUUGUUGGCGAUGUUGAAACAUUAAGGAGUGAAAGUAUGUCAAAACUGAGACGUGUUACUGCUGUCGCUAAGAAGGAUAAAUUAGUGUUACCUAGCAUGGAUAAGGUGGAAGUUAAGUUGAGGACAUUCCUUGCUUUUUCUGGUCCACAGAUAAUUGAGGAUGCAUUGUUCAAGAGAUUUCCGCUUCUCCGUGUUUUGGUAAUUAAUUACUCACUUGUACAAAGCAUUCCGAAUUCCAUUGGAAAAUUGAUACAUCUAUGCCUACUUAAUUUAGAUAAUACUGGCAUAUCUUGGCUUCCGAAAUCCAUUGGCUCCCUAAAGAACCUUCAGGUGCUGAGCUUGACAAGGUGUGUUGCUCUGCGCAGUCUACCUCCGGCAAUAACCCAAUUGUGCAGUUUAAGAUGUCUAAAUCUUCUUGGUACAAAAAUAUAUCAGCUUCCAAAAGGUAUUGGAAAAUUUAAGUUACUCACUGACUUAAAAGGAUUUCCUGGUGGUGAUGGAAGUGAUAAUGCUAGUGUACAAGAUGGAUGCAAGUUGGAAGAGUUGUCUUCUAUGUCGCAGAUGAGGCAUCUUAUUCUUGUUAAAUUGGAAAGAGCGGCUCAUUCUAGUAUAAAUGCAGGGCUGACAGACAAAAAACAUCUAAAAGAACUAGUACUAGCGUGGACUGGGCGUGAAGAUGGAUUAUAUUCAGAAGAACACGUUCGCAAUACUGAGAAGGUCCUUGAGCAGCUAAUACCUCCAAGCAAUCUGGAAGACCUUUUUAUUAUGGGAUUCUAUGGUCGGUGGUACCCCACCUGGUUUGGUACCACCUGUAUGGAGUACAAUUGA